CAGAGUCCACCCUCCUCCUCGACACCACAAAAACGUUAAAUAAAACUCUCUCCCAUCUCCAGCUCUCUAGCAAAAAAGAUUUUCUCGCCUAUCCUUCCACUCAUUUUUUUUUCUUUCUUUCUCACCCCCCAAACGCGCCACACAAAUACAAAAUAUCACAGCAUGCUCGAUUUUGGCGAAGAACUCACCAUCGAAACCUUCAAGAUUCCGUGGCUCAUCUGGAUCCAGAUACUCAUCCUCCUCCUCCUCAUCGUCCUCCUCUACUGCUUCCGCAUCUUCUCUUUAGAUCUCAAUAGCAGCAACAGCCACGCCAAGAACUCUUCUUUAGCUUCUCCUUCCUCUGCCUCUUCUUCCUCGUCAACUGAAUCGACCGAUUUGACUCUCAAAGCGAAGCCGGUUGUUAAAUUCAACUCGACUGUCACUCACCGCUGCCAGUCUUCUCAGGUAGGAGAAAGUCAGAGUAUUAAAGGGAAGAUAGUGUGGAGUAAAGGUAAAAGAAUAGUUAGAGAAGAGAAUACAGAGAGUGAUUCAAGUUCAAGUAGCAUGGGCUAUCAUCCCUGCCAUUAUUUCAGGCUUGCUCGAGAAGCUUUUCUCAAGUGUUUAGGUUUAGACUGAGAAAUCUUCCAAUUCAGAACAAAGAAACGAAAGAUAGUAUUUUAUUUAAAAUGCUAAAACCAAAAGUUCCAUUUUCUCUCUGUCUGGCUCUUUAACUUCAAUGGAUUUGUUAACAUCAUUGGGUCGAGUCGAGCAACUGAAAAAAUUAAUAGUAAGUGAUACUAUAAUGUUA